CUGCUUUCCCCCCCUCAUCGCGUUGCUUCUGCAGGGAUUUACACUGUGGCCUUUUCCCAAGCUCUGGCCACCUGUAUCUGCUGCACAUCUCAGCCUUUUGCCCGCGCUGUAUCUUUAAGAGGCGGAGUCUCCACCCCGCAACUCUGCCUUUGCGGAAGUCCCUGGAACUGGAACGUUGUGUAUCGUUUUGGUUCUAUCCGCUCCCCCGCGAGGCAAAGCCGGUCAAAGAGCACGUGGAAGUUCUACGGAAGGAGUCUUCAGUCCGCCGGCUGUGGGUCCAGCUCAGAUUGACAGUUGCGAUUUGAUGCUGAGUAUUUCCACCUCCUCUUUCUGCUCUUUACACCAGCGAGGAGCAGCGGAUAAAUGAGCGGCUUCCCGCGGAAGAAGACCAAGCGUACAAAAAAGGAAGGCUAACUCGCGAUGAGUGAAAUCCAGACGAACCCGUUGCAACGCGGGUCUUCGUUGGUCACGCCCCGGUAGUGGAUCUAGUGACCUCUGCAUCUCCAGAUCUCGUUAACUCUGCAUGAAAGUCGGGCUGAUGGAUUCCAGGAUCGCUGAUGGGAGAAGGGCCGUGGGACGAUGAUGCCGCCACUCCCGCUCAUGCCUGGGAUUAAAUGAUGUAAAAGCAGAUUCAGGUGCUGAAAUGCUUAGAGAGUAGGCGGGAGUCUCCCUUUGUUUUGCUAUGAAGCAACCGCCUCUGUUCCAAGAUUGCCGAUUGCCUGUUUGUAAACUUCUCGUUCUGCAGUCUAUUCUCAAAUGCAGUGCCCCCUCCCCGCAUCUCCCUCCUGCUCCUUGAUGUCUCCAGGACUAUGACUACUUGGCACUGCUAUUCCGCUGUCCGGAUUUUCCUUUCUAAUGUCAGAAUCCUCACUGUGAGAAGCUGCCUGUGUACAGGAAGGACAUGGGGUAGGAGGCCUCCUCUCCAGCUCUUCACUGGCGAUGCUCCAAGCUGCUUUCCAUGCAAAGCCUUGGUAAAGAUCUCUCUGGUGUGCUGGGGAGCUACGGGAUUACCUUGGGGUGCAAGGUGCGAAGGGGCACCCAAUGGAGGAGCCCAAAUAAAAGGAGAUGUCUGUCUCAACAAAGGGGGCCUUUCUCCAGCUGGCUUCCUCCAGCGUUUAGGACUAGCCUUUUCCCUCGCUAUCCGAGCCUGCGUCCUCCUGCUGAAGUUCGGGCCUUUGAUUUGGCUCUACCCCUUGAGCUACAUCUCCCCAGGUUUUGCAUCACUCUGGCUCCGCCUUCUGCUCAAGGCAACAGAGUCUUCGGGCCCCACCUACAUCAAACUGGGGCAGUGGGCGAGCACAAGGAGGGACCUCUUCUCCGAAGAGUUCUGCGCCAAGUUCUCCAAGCUCCACAUCAAGGUGGUCCCUCACCCUUGGGGCUACACCCAACGUUCUUUGGAGAAAUAUCUGGGGGAAGGCUGGGAAAAGGUCUUCACCUUUGACAGCCAGGAACCCGUUGGGUCUGGCUGCAUCGCCCAGGUGUACAAAGCUUAUGUGGACAUCUCCGCUCUUGGCCAGCCGGUGCUGAAGGAACUCUCCAAGGGCACUGGGGUGGAGUCUGCUCUGGAAGCCUGGCAGGUGUCUGGUCUUAAGGGAGUCUUCAGGUGGCUUUGGAAGAGGAAGGAUGGAAGCAUUUCUGAAGGAGGUAGUGUCCACCAGUUGCUUCCCAAUGAUGGCUUUGAUGGACACGUUAAGCAGAAUUCUGUUUCUGGAUACCUGGACACAGCUUUAUCCUGUCCCAAGAGGGACCACCUUGUUCCAGUAGCCAUUAAAGUGCUGCACCCCGGAUUAGCUGACCAGGUCCAAAUCGACCUUUUUCUGAUGAAGACUGGCAGUCGACUCCUUGAGCUUCUCCCAGGGGUCAAGUGGCUCAGCCUGACGGAGGUUGUGGAGGAGUUUGAGAAACUGAUGAUUCAACAGAUUGACUUGCGCUAUGAAGCAAGGAACCUGGAACGCUUCCGCCUUAACUUCCAAGGUGUGGAUUAUGUGAAGUUCCCAGUUCCUCUUCGCCCUUUCGUGACGAGAAACAUCCUCGUGGAAACAUAUGAGGAGAGCACGCCCAUAGCCCAGUACCUGCAGACGGAGGCCACAAAGGAGCUGCGCUGGAAAAUAGCUCAGAUGGGUAUGGACAUGAUUCUAAAGAUGGUGUUUGUUGAUAACUUUGUCCAUGCUGACCUGCACCCUGGGAAUAUCCUGGUUCAGGGCGCAGAGGGCUUCCGUGAUCACCCCAAGGACCGGACCACCAUUGUGGACCUAUUGGACACACUCAUUCUGGAAGUGCAGCCUUCUCGCCCCCCACUUCGACUGGUGCUUCUGGAUGCAGGAAUCAUAGCAGAGCUGCAGGGUCCAGAUCUCAAGAACUUCCUGGCGGUCUUCACUGCUGUGGUAUUAGGGCAGGGGGAGAGAGUGGCAGAGUUAAUCCUUCAUCACUCCAGAGCUAACCGGUGCAAGGAUGUGGAGAGAUUCAAAGCUGACAUGGCAGAACUGGUGACAAAGGCCAGGGACAGCACUGUAGCUUUGGGAAAGUUCCAAGUAGCGAGCCUGCUGUCCAGUGUUUUCAAGUUACUGAUGACGCAUCAGGUAAAGCUGGAGAGCAACUUUGCCUCUGUGAUCUUUGCCAUUAUGGUUUUGGAAGGCCUUGGACGCUCACUGGACCCUGAACUCGAUAUCCUCAAGGCAGCUAAACCUUUUCUAAUUAAAGCUCCAAGUCCCCUCCUGGCACAGUGAUGGGCUAGGGUGGUUUUUUGGGGCCCUUUCAUUGAAGAACUGCUCAUUUGCCACCCGUUAGGUAGCUUUCAACCUCUAUGUUUAAAACCGAAAGACUUGGCUGUUCAGUUUAUCCAUAUUGAGACCAGAAGUGUUCAGGGGCUGAAAUAGCUCCACUUGGAUUGUGAUAAUUGAUAUCUAUUCCCAUUACGGCAAGCGUGGGAAAACUGUACCCCUCCAGGUAUUGGUGGAUUACAACUGCCUUUAUCUCUGAACAUUGGUUGUGCUGGCCUGGGGCUAAUGGGAGUUGGGGGUUAUAGCAAGGUCUGGAGGGCCACAGAUGGUUUUAGGGAAUGCGGUUCUCCUGUAGUUCAAAAGAAAUUAUGGCUCUGCAUGGGUUGGGCUCCCUAUCAAGUCACCUCUAGAUAGGUGAGUCUACCAGAGACUGUUCCCAUCUCCCCAAUAUUGCAAGCUUUCAGGACAUCAUGCCUU